GUGGCAAGGCGGUCGAAGCUACAUCUUUGGAUACAACGACUCUUCGUAUUUCUCCCCAGGAUGUGAUGGUUGUUUAUCAGUCUGUGGAAUUUGUUCAAAGCUAUUCGCCAGGUCAUUCAAGAAGAUCUCAGCGAAGAAGACGAGCUCUGCAUGGCGGUGGAAGACCUUGGUAUCGAGACGGAGGAGAGUGCUGCUUUACUUCACGAUGUCACACUAACUCAAAUCUUAAAUCUACGUGAGAAAUUGCUACGAAAUGACGGCGUUGAAUCAUCCGGACCUCUGUGCAUUAUUCUUGGCACCCGGACCAAUUUUUCAAAGAGAAUCGAAAAACUCACUAUAGGAGUUGCGGAAGGAAAAGGUUUGUCACAAUUUGUUACCUGGGAUGAACACAGCGAGAGCAUCGACGAAUUAGAGGAUGCCAAUGAGAACGAAAUUGGCGUCGAGCCGACUUCAAACAGUCAGGAACUACAAAAUAUUUCUUGUGGGCAGGACGCAGAUGCACAUCAACCUGCUCAGGGUGUGGAAAAUGGUGCAGCGGAAGAGCCAGCACAAGGGCAUGAGUAUGAACCUGAAGCUGCCGACGAUGCAAAGCCAGCUUCUACCGACUCAGUAUCUGGAGAUAGUUCCGUUCAGCAGUCCAGUGCUACAGAUGCCAAUCUAUCCAGUCUACAGAACGCCAACGAGAACGGCAACGCCUCAAACGAGUACUUUGAUGAAGAUGACUUGAUUGAUUACUCCGAGGAGGAAGGAGAUCGCGUACCUGAGGUGCAAAGGCAUGCUAAGUCACACUCUAACCAUGAAGACAGGACAAACCAGGAAUACGAAGCGAUCAAUGAAGAUCUCCGUCGACGGUCCCUCUCAAGGACGAAUGAGGACAAAGUUCCUGAGCAAUCCAACGAGCAAGCAUCCCCAGCUACCGAGGGUGACCAUGAAGGAGCUUAUGUCGAAGAAAGUGGUAUUGAGUAUGAGGAGAAGAAUGAACACCAGGAAGGAUUUCAAAAUGCCCAUCUAAACACUGGGUAUGAAGAUUUCACAACGGGGGAUUUCGAUGCUCCUGAUUCUCUGGGACAAUUUGAUGGUGCCGGUCUAACAAUUGAUGAAUUUGGCGGAGAAGGAGAGUUCGCCAAUGACGGCGCUUUUGGCGACUCUUUUGAUGUGUUCGGUACAGAAGCACAAGAGUAUAAUUAUGGUGACGAAGGAACCUUUGAAGAUGAUGGCGAUCGCCACCAGAUUCAGCAAAACCAAGCCGACGUUCCAGGAACAGAGGUUAAGGGGAAUAAGCCCGAACAAGUCGACACAGCAGAAUCGAGCGUUACUGUGGACGCAGAUGAAAUCCAAUAUGAAGAUGAGGAUGAAGCAAACGGCCACGUCCCCGAUAAUUCCAUUACUACCGCCGAAUCCCACGAAACGGAACAUUCGAUUGGAGUCGAGCACGAGAUUGAUUACGAAGACGAAAAUGAGGUCGACAAGGGAAAGGAAUCAGGAGCCACAACACCUCUGGCGGCUCCCCGGAUAAUUCCAUCUUCAAGUGGGAAGAGAUCCAGAGGAGAUGUUGAAUCCGACGAUGCAAUGAUCAUGAGAGGCAAGGGUACGUACUGGGCUGUAAAUCUAAAACGGCGGCGUAGCUGAUUCCAUCCACAGAAGCAAAGCGUCCUCGAUCAUGACAAUCUUUUAAUUUCUAGAGUCUUCACAUGAUGGCCGUCUUAGCCUUAGCUCCUGCCUCUCUGCUCUACAUCAUCCCACCCUCCAGACCACACUCUGAAUCUGGGCAACGCAUCCAGAUCCGCCAGCUGAAUCGAAUCGCGGACGAGCCUACGCCAUCCCUUGCAACCCACCUC